CUACUCAGGUAGUGUGCUAGCUCUGGUUGGAUGCUCUGGAUGCUGGCGACGGGUGGGUCAGGCGAGCUCGUCUCGGUCUCGCCCUCAAUUAGCUGUGGGCGGUUCAGAUUUGCCUCUUUUUCAAUGAACAAAUGCUGAAAGCUUUUCAGAUUCUGGGUUCGUCUUUCGGCUUCUUCGUCUCCCACCAGGGAUGGAGACCCAGUGGCAGUGGGGCCCGCCUCUGCUUCAUCUCAGUCUCCAGUAGAUCAUCAUCCUCAUCGUCAUCAUCCUCUUCUUGUUCACGAAGACCUUCGACUUCUCUGCUCUUGCCCGUCGUUUCAGCUCGCAAGACCGGCCGUUUCAGAGCAUUUCAAAUGUCUGCAAGUCGGUCUGAGUCGAGCCCGGACGGGGUUUCUUCGUCUUCUUCCGUUGCAUUUCAGCAAUCAGGCAACAUUCUUAAGAUCAAGUUUUGUCAGUGGUGUAGUGGCCCAACAAAGCAUGAUAUACCUGAUGGAGAGGAGAAGAUGAGAGCUAUUUGCACGCUUUGUGGGAAAAUCACCUAUCAAAACCCCAAAAUGGUUGUCGGCUGCCUCAUUGAGCAUGAGAACAAGAUUCUACUAUGCAAGCGGAAGAUUCAACCAUCUUAUGGUCUUUGGACACUUCCUGCUGGUUUCUUGGAAAUGGGCGAGUCUGCAGUAGAAGGGGCAAUGAGGGAAACGUGGGAAGAAGCAUGUGCAGAGGUGGAGGUGCUGUCGCCUUUUGCUCAACUGGAUAUCCCUCUUAUUGGUCAAACAUACAUAAUUUUCCUAGCAAAGCUGAAGAAACCUCAUUUUUCACCUGGUCCUGAGUCUUCAGAUUGUAGGCUGUACGCACUUGAUGAUAUACCAUUUGAUUCUCUGGCCUUUUCAUCAAUGUUGGUCACACUAAAUUUGUACGUUGAAGACAUGAAAGCUGGAAGAACAAAGUUUCACUAUGGCACUAUUAAUAAAAGGCCUGGCACAAGUCCUUCUGAUAUACGGGCCUAUACUUUGGAUUAUCAUUUGCAGUCCUGAGGUGGCUAACCUUUUGCCCUUCUUUGUGAGGUAAAAGAGGAGAAUGAAGAGUUAAGAUACCUGAUUAUCAGGAUUUUAUUUUAUUUUUCCAUCCAUUUGCCUGCUGUAGAAGCUGUUACCUGUAUGCCUUACUGGGUUUAAUUGUGAGAGCAUUUGUGAAAGGGUUUGUGAAUUGUUUUGUUUAUACUUUUUUGAGGGUCUCUCUCUCUCUCUCUGUGGAAGGAGAAAAGGCGCGAGAGGUUGUGUGGUGUUGUAUUAGUAGAUGUCUCUGUUGAUAGUCAUGACAAUGUAAAUGAAAUUUAUAGAAAUCCUAAUAAUGAAUCCAAAUUCUUUGUUCUCCCA